AUGGCACCUUGUGAUCGUAAAGUCGAAGCUGACUUCGUGAUUAUAGGUGGAGGUACAGCUGGAUGUGUCAUAGCGACUCGAUUAGCCGAAUAUGGCUUUGAAACUUUAUUGAUUUCGAGCGGUUUGAAUGAUACAGAAAAUCCUCUUAUGAAGCAAAGCUCUCUAUACCAUCAAGUCUCCCAGUCGCCUCAAUUCAAUCAUUAUCUUGUACCAGAUGCGUCAUGUAGUCUAAAUAAUACAAGUAUCGAUAUUACUGUGAUAAAUACUCUUGGAGGAAGUAGCAUUAAUGGUGGGGGUAUGGAACGAAUGACAGCAAAUGAAUGGAAUAGCUUUGUUCAUGCUACUGGAGAUGAAUCUUUUGAUUGCCGCGUCAUGUCAAAAUAUUAUAAAAUGACAGAAAACUACACAACAAAUGAUCCAUCUUUUAUUGCCGAAAAUCAUGGUCAUACUGGCCCUAUUAAAAUAACAAAGCCUUAUAACGUCGAAUUCUACAAUGUAUGGGAAAAUGUUGCCCGAGAAAUCGGCGAGACAUUUAGCAAUGAUUUUGUAGAUGGUCUAGAUUAUGGGUUUUCAUUUGAAGCUUCUUCAUUUACAAAUGGAGAGAGAAGCUGGAGUGGUAAUGCUUAUCUCGUCCCUGCUCUCGCUAAAUAUUCAAAUCUAAAAAUAAUAACGGGUNUAAUCUCUUAUGAUAAGCCUUAA